AUUCAAGACUGGCAAAGCAUAUACCAGUCUACUCAUAUUCCUAUACCAAAAUUCACACCUGUGGAUGAAUCCGUAACAUUUAUUGGCCGGCUUUGUAGAGAAAUCCUGAGGAUCACAGACCCAAAAGUCACGUGUUACAUUGACCAAAUGAACACCUGGUAUGAUAUCAAAACUCAUCAGGAAGUAACCAAUAGUCGUCUGUUCUCAGAGAUACAAGAUACUCUAGGUACCUUUGGUCUCAAUGGUUUGGACAGGCUGCUGUGUUUCAUGAUUGUAAAGGAGCUGCAGAAUUUCCUCAGUAUGUUUCAGAAAAAUAUAUUGCGUGACAGGACAGUACAGGAUACCUUAAAAGCACUUAUGAAUGCUGUCAGUCCUCUCAAAGGAAUUAUAGCAAAUUCAAACAAGAUUUAUUCCGCAGCAGUUGCAAAAACUCAGAAGAUCUGGACAGCAUAUUUAGACUCCAUAAUGAAGGUUGGUCAGAUGCAGAUUUUAAGACGACAGAUUACCAAUGAAUUAAAUUAUUCCUGCAGGUUUGACUCCAAGCAUUUGGCUGCUGCUUUGGAAAAUCUCAAUAAAGCAAUACUGGCUGACAUUGAAGCACAUUAUCAGAACCCAUCACUACCUUAUCCUAAAGAAGACAACACACUUUUGUAUGAAAUCACAGCUUAUCUGGAAGCAGCUGGUAUUCACAAUCCAUUAAAUAAGAUCUACAUAACAACAAAACGUCUUCCGUAUUUUCCCACUGUCAACUUCCUAUUUCUCAUUUCCCAGUUUCCGAAACUUCAGUGCAACAGAAAUUUAGGAGUGGUGUGCAAGCGGCCAGCUGAUCAAAUUGACUGGCUUCCCUUAGUUCUGGGACUUCUUACCCUGUUGAAACAGUUUCAUUCAAGAUACACAGAGCAAUUUCUGGCUCUGAUCGGUCAGUUUAUUCGUUCAACAAUGGAACCGUGCACAAGCCAGAAGAUACCAGAAAUGCCUGCUGAGGUAGUUUGUGCCCUCAUGUUCCUGGAAGAUUACAUUCGCUACACGAAGUUACCAAGAAAGGUUGUUGAAGCACACGUGCCUAGCUUCAUUUUUGAUGAGUUCAGAACUGUUCUGUGAACACGGAGGAGGACCAAGUCUUUCCCCUAAACCUGAAGCGGAGAGCUGGGAACUGAGAUGAGACAAGUACAGCUUUUCAGAACUGUACCUUUUCUGUGCUUCAAGGCAGUACCUACAACUGUCUCUGUGAAAUGUACGCAUCAGCACUAGUCUGUGUAAUUAACACCUGUUUCAGUCUUGGCAUGAUAAACAAUUUGUAUUUCAGCCAAACAGUGUACCUUUUGUACUGCACAUGACAAAGGCUGUAUGUAAUUGGUUACGUAGAAAUCAUUUAGUUUUCUGUUCUGAGAAACUAUUUGUGGAAGUCUGAAUUUUGUACAACAA